ACUGUUGAAACGAUCAUCUUCGGGCUGGCAGUGUACAGCUUCUUUGCUGAUAUAGUCUAGACCGGGGUUCCACUAGCCGAGUCAAUCCGACUGAUCAAACAGUCAAAUCCGGAAGGUUUUACUGUGUGCACUGUUCGCGUUUACGGGUCUGGAAGUUUACAUCUGUGGAGGGCGAUUGUAAGGCAUUGUGGAUGUUGAGAAACCAUCAUUACCUUACCUAGUACGUCGAUUACCACCUGUAUAGUCCGGCCAAUUAAAUGUAGCCCGUGUUUGCAGUGCAUCAAUACAAGUGAAAGUUAAACAGUAGUAUCGUACAAGCGUCAGUAUACCAGACUCUCGAUAGACGGUAGCGUUUGGAUACGUUAGCGUGUAUACACUUAGCUUAAGGAUAAGAGGAAUCCUCUGGUGUAGUAGUGUCCCUGAAGUUGUGAAGUGUCGUAGCAGACAAUCAGUAAUAUCUGCUUGAGAAUGCUAGUGCUCAAAUACGAUAACUUCGUCCCGAUACCAAUUAUAGACAGUUCAUGACACAGAGUGUCACCUUAGUGACAAUAAGUUUCGUAGUUUAAUUCCCAUCGACACAUCAUUCGAUCGCCGACCAACAUCUUCCAGGCUGAUCGUAGCUGAACUGAGGUGUUAUCACAAGUUCAACGACUAAACGGAGUGUGUAUACCGAUACAUUACACACAUCCUCUCUACACGUUCCCGGGCGGGACGACUUUUUGUACCAAUCGCAACGGAACCUUAGAAACUUACCUAUUACUACUCUAUUACGCCAUCUUAUCAUCGUGCCCACUAGCGCCUAUUAUAACACCGUCUCGUUUCGUCGGAUAGUCCGAUGGCUUUAGAUUUUGCUGCUGGUUGUUUAGGAGGAUGCGCCGGAGUUCUCGUUGGAUUUCCGUUCGACACGGUGAAGGUUCAUCUGCAGACACAAAACCACCAGAAUCCAUUGUACCGUGGCACGAUCGAUUGCUUCCGAAAGAUCAUUGUGCGCGAGGGCGUCCAUGGACUGUACCGGGGGAUGUCAAGCCCGAUGGCGGGCGUUGCCGUGGUGAACGCGAUCGUGUUCGGUGUGUACGGCAACAUACAGCGGCGUACGACCAAUCCGGACUCACUGUACUCGCACUUUCUGGCGGGAACGGCCGCUGGUUUAGCACAGAGCAUUAUCUGCUCACCGAUGGAGCUGAUCAAAACGAGACUCCAGCUGCAGGAUAAUCUACCGCGCGGUGCAGAACGGUUUAGUGGACCGGUCGAUUGCACCAAAAGCAUCUGGCGUCGGGAAGGUGCGCGAGGAAUUUUCCGUGGACUGGGCAUUACGGCAGCACGUGACGCGCCGGGAUUCUCCAGCUAUUUCGUGGCGUACGAGUACAUGGUACGGUGCGUUGUGGAUCCAUCGCCAUUCGUUAUUCUGAUGGCUGGCGGUCUUGCCGGUACCUUCUCGUGGCUCGUAACCUUUCCGAUCGAUGUCGUCAAAUCGCGACUACAAGCGGACGGCAUAUCCGGCAAGCCUCAGUACAGUGGAUUGAUCGAUUGCAUAAAGAAAAGCCACGCCGCUGAGGGUAUUGCAUUCCUGUCGCGAGGGCUCGCGUCAACGCUACUGCGUGCUUUUCCAAUGAAUGCCGUCUGCUUCCUGGUCGUAUCCUACACGAUGAAACUGUUCGACGAUCCUAAACUUAGCACCGUGGUCGAACUUGGAGCAAAUGCCGCGGCAACGGUGGAACCACCGUUACUGAUCGUUCCCACAGUCGCCGGUACUUCAAAGCUUCAAACACCCGCAACAAUCGGCCAUAAACGAAUCGCACACGAUCACGAUAGCCACCUGCUAAACAUCAAGCAAAACACCUAUCGAUUCCUGCGCUCGCUCGGAGCGUUCAGUGAGGCAGUCUGCUGUGCCGAGAUGGGAGAACUGGCGGACGAUCUGUACGAUAGCAACUCGGACGAGCGGUUAGGUGCAAACUAUGCCAAGCUUAACGAACUCCUGCUCAGCACUGACCCGGAGGAUACUAGCAAUCGGUACCCAUUUUUAGGCGACUGAAUGUCCUGCCCCAAACACGGCAUGAACGUGUUUCAGCUCCGUUUUGUUGGAAAAGGCCACCAAAGACUUGUGUACAAAGAAACCCUAGACUAAUCGUUGCCGAUGGGAACCCUGUGUAUGAAAAUAUAUGUUUUUUUAUUAUUUAAAUGUUAUCAAAAUGAAAACCGUCUCACACAGAAAGAAGCAAAUGCACGCACACAAACC